ACAAAAUGGCAAGUGGCCAUAAGAAAAUAGCACAAGCAUUGAAAAUUCCCAUUUCCACCAUCAGGGCAAUAAUGAACAAGUUCAAGUCAACUGGAAAUGUUAUGAAUCAAGCUGGAAUUGGACGUGUGUCUAUAUUGGCUCAACGUACUUUGAAGAGGAUGGUUCGAGUGGCCAAAAAACCUCAGAGGAUCACAGCUGGAGAAUUGCAGAAGUUAAUUGCGUCCUCGAGUCAGAAAGUCUCCAAAACUACAAUCCGAAGUCACCUACAUCACCACAAGUUGUUUGGAAGGGUUUCAAGAAAAAAGACUCUACUCUCAUCCAAAAACAAUCUCAGGCAUCUUUAAUUUGCCAGACACUACUGGAACUUCAAAUGGGAUCGGGUUCUAUGGUCUUUUUGGCAAUAAACACCAGAGGUGGUUUUGGCGCACAGAGCGGUAGCCAUAUAGAAAAGUACCUCAUGCCCACAGUUAAAUAUGGUGGUGGCUCUUUAGCUCUUUAUGUUUCAGGGCUGUUUUUCCUUCUACCAGGACAUUUUGUUAGGAUACAUGUCAUCAUGGACUAUCAAAUAUCAACAGAUAUUAAAUGAAAACCUGACUGCCUCUGCCAGAAAGCUUCAAAUGGGCCGUGGUUGGCUCUUCCAGCAGGACAAUGAUCCAAAACGUACAUCAAAAUCAACACAGAAAUGGUUUACUGACCACAAAAUCAAGGUCCUGCCAUGGCUAUCCCAGUCCUCUGACUUGAAACUCAUAGAAAAUCUGUGGGGUGAACCGAAGAGGAGAGUCCACCAACUUGGAUCUCGCAAUUUGAAGGACUUGGAGAGAUUCUGUAUGGAGGAACGGUCUCAGAUCCCUUGCCAUGUAUUCUCCAAUCUCAUCAGGCAUUAUCUUGGCAAAGGGAGGUAGCACAAAGUAUUGACUAAAAGGGUGGAAUAACUGUUGCUCACCUGUAUUUAACAAAGGUUUUUUUUUUAAUUUUUAUAAACUUGUGGGGUUUUUUUUUUUUUUUUUUUUUGCAAUUGUUUGAUAUCCAUGAGAGCAGAGUAUUUUGGUGAAUUUGUUUAACAUAAGAUCAAAAGGUUAAACAAAGACAAUUUCUCACAGCCUUCUUUGCUCAUAUUUACCAAGGGUGCCAAUAUUAGUGGAGGGCAGUGUAUUGUAUUGUGUCUCCUCCUCUGCUCACCUUUUUCCUGCCUAUCUUUCUUUCUCUUAUUUUCUAUCCCUCCUUGUCUUUCUCAUUUUUUUUUGUAUCUCUCUCUUUCACACAUACUCCCUCUCUAAGCCCCAGAAGAGUACAGAUGAAGUAGAGAGGAGGUGCCCACUGCAGGCUCUAAAAACAGAACACAGAGGAAAAUGUCAGGGAACUCCUACUCCAUAACGGAGUUUAGUACUUAGAAUUAAUUAUGCAUAGAAUCUGUGCACAAAAUCUCUAUAUUUUAUCCCAGCCUAAACAGCUAUGAAUAUGGGGAAAUGAACAGGAUAUCCGUGUCUCUGUGCGUUUGAGAUUUUGACCUCACAAUUCAUAUUAUAGUAACAAGGUCUGGUGAUGUUUGUUCUUUCCAGGAUGGUGACCGUGCACUUUGUAAGCACUGUUUGUCUGUUACUAUGGUACCAUAGUGCCUGAUAAGCCUGCCAAUGGCAAAUCAGUUUAGGCUGCUGAGGUUAAGGGUUAAGUUACUGGAAAUUCACCAUUAAUAUGGACAGGUGGUCAGUCACUUGUUGAAUGAGAUUCUCUGCAUUGUGGCAGGUAGCAGAAAGGCUUAAAGGUUGUUUGUUUGAUGGGGGGCUUUGCUCCAGUGGGCAGAUCUGUUGGGAUGAUGAGUUGUUUGGGCAGUGCCUUACACAGCAGCAAGAGAGAUUUCGCUACAGGGUGACUGCGGGUUUACUGGACAGACUACAGACUUUACUGCAAAUGCUCAUGAGAAAAGGGCUGACCUGGCAGGAUGAAGCCACCCAAUCGAUUGUAGAUAAGGAACUUAGCAUGGUUGAGAAGAUCCCACUGUCAUCUGUUGUGAAGAACGCUCCCUCCGUCAAAUCUGGUGGAAGGCCAGCGGACCAGCUAAACCCCAAACUGCAGGGAUACAUGGACUACAUGAUUGUUGAUCCUCCCCAGUCCUCCCUUCACAUGCAAAGCCUGGAACCUUAUACCUACCAAAAGUAUGGUUACCAAGAUGAAGAGGAGCGCUCUCUAAACCUUGUGGAUGGAAACAUGUACCCCUCAUCCUCCUCCAGAGUGACAAGGCCUCGCCCUAAUGCUCUGGAUAAGGACGCACAGCUGCUUCAGGAUAUGAUGUCUCUCCUACUCUCCUCUCCUGCACAGCCCACCACUCGCCACCGGGUGGCGACACCUCUGUCCAGUUCACCUUUCUUCCAGGAACUGGACUUCCCACUGGAUUACAGCAAAGACUACAUUUCCCAGAACAUAGGUGCUAGUAGCCAGGAUCAGAAGAAGAAGUCACCCAAGGAGUAUAGGCCUGAUGAUGAGUACCCCACUCAGCAGAGUCUGAAUGAGCUGCUACUGCAGCAUGGCUUUGAUCUGACUCAUCUGAACCCUGGAGAGAUGGAACGUCUCUUUACAGUCCUGGAUCUCUUGCAGAAUGAACCUCCGAUCCCACACAACCAGGAUCAUUCUGUUGAUUCAUCCACCCCACAGAAACCGAUGAAGAUCACUGAGGGAGAAAUGACACACAUGGUGCACAAAGCUCCAGUACCAGCCAUCUCCUCAUCUUCCUCUUCUGUUAUGGAGGAUCCCAAGACUGGUGGAUCUUCACAGAACAACAAUAUUAAAGAGGAGGCCAGUGUAGAGGCUCCUGCAGCUUUGCUGAAACAAGAUAAAGGGUGGAAGUUAGAGGAAAAGGGGUGGAAAGGAGUCCCCAGUGUAACACCAGCGAAGAAUCAAACCAAAUACAAAGAAGAGUAUGGAUAUAUUGUUACAAACAAGAGUCCCCUCUCUCUUUUUGAUGCUGUUCGUCUUUUGGUGGCCCUGACUAAGAGGAUCCAUCUCACCAUUGGCUCUUUUAUCAACAUCAGCGUGGUAGGUCCGGCUCUCACGUUCCAAGUUCGCCCGAAUAGCCAAAACCUGUCAAAUGCUGAAGUGGCGGAGAAGGCUGUGGCUGAGAAGAACUUUCUAGAGUCAGAAACUGGCCUGAAUGUGCUCCAGGCAGGUGUUGGAGAGAAAAAUGAUGGGCUGCCAGUGGCAACGCGUGUGCACAGCAGUAGCCAGUGGGUGUUCCUUAUGUUUGUGGGCGUGGCUUGUGUGGGUGGGCUCUUAGUGGGCUCACUAACCAUCGCAUGUUUGCGUAGCCAUGCUCAACAACUGGCCUCCAGGAAGUUAGGCUUGGGUCCAGAGGCAGGCAGUGCCACACACUAUGCGUACCAGGACCUCUGUAGGCAGCACAUGGCUGCUAAAUCCUCCUCAGGAAGGCAAGAGAGUGGGGUCGCUACAGGAGGGAGCGGGACAGGAGGAGCAGUAGGAGGAGCCGGAACAGAUACUUCGAGGGUCAGUAGCGUAUCGUCUCAGUACAGUGAUGCCCCUCAGGCCAGCCCCAGCUCACACAGCAGCACUCCCUCUUGGUGUGAGGAGCCAGCACAGGCAAACAUGGACAUCUCCACUGGCCACAUGAUACUGGCAUAUAUGGAGGAUCAUGUGAAGAAUAAGGAUCGCUUGCUGAAGGAGUGGGAGGCAUUGUGCUCCUACCAAGCAGAACCCAGCACAGUGUCUGUCGCUCAGAGUGAAUCAAACAUUAAGAAGAACCGCUGCCCUGACGCUGUGCCAUACGAUCACUCCCGGGUGAAACUGAAGGCUGAGGUUAACCCCUCAAGAGCUGACUACAUUAACGCCAGCACCAUAAUUGAGCAUGACCCCAGAAUGCCAGCGUACAUCGCCACCCAAGGACCACUCUCCCAUACCAUCUCUGACUUUUGGCAGAUGGUCUGGGAGAACGGAUGUACUGUGAUUGUGAUGAUGACCGCUCUUGUUGAGGAUGGAGAGAAGCAGUGUGACCGCUACUGGCCUGAUGAAGGCUCAUCCCUCUACCACAUCUAUGAGGUGAACCUGGUGUCGGAGCACAUCUGGUGCAAUGACUUCCUGGUACGGAGCUUCUACCUGAAAAACGUGCAGACGCAGGAGACACGCACUCUCACCCAAUUCCACUUUCUGAGCUGGCCUGCGCAGGGUAUACCAUCCUCCACACGCCCUCUGCAGGACUUCCGCAGGAAAGUAAAUAAAUGCUACCGAGGACGCUCCUGCCCAAUUAUUGUCCAUUGCAGUGAUGGUACAGGCCGGACUGGAACAUACAUCUUGAUUGACAUGGUUCUGAACCGUAUGGCAAAAGGGGUGAAGGAAAUAGAUAUCGCUGCAACCCUGGAGCACAUUCGUGACCAGAGACCGGGAAUGGUGCGCACAAAGGACCAGUUUGAGUUUGCCCUGACUGCUGUGGCUGAAGAAGUCAAUGCCAUUCUUAAAGCUCUUCCCCAGUGAGACCUAAGCCUGAAAAUCAUACAAUCCAUACAGAAUACAUUCAUGCAUGAGCAACAACUACCUUAUCUUCACGUGUCUAAACCUGCAGCCAUUCCACUCCAGCAUGUAUACGUACGUGCACACACACCUGUACAACCAGCCUGUCUCCUUUCCUGAACGUAGAGAAUCACGAUACAUCAUCUCAUCUUCAGUUCUUUGACCAUACAGAAUAUCACACAGACAGCUUAUUUUAGGAAAUUAAACCUGGACCUUCCAGAUCACACCUCAUCAUUUGUCUUGGUAUUAAAAAUUGAAUGGAACAGAAUUGAGUAAUCAUGUUCCUUGUAUUUGCUCUGCUUCCGUUUCUUCUCUCGUAACCAUAGUGAUAGCUUUGUCCCGAUGUCACCCCAGCAGUGCUCUGAGUGUUUUUCCCAGGAUUCUCUUGUCUCCAGUUGCAUUAGUGAAUGAGAGGAUGAGUGGUUUAGGGACCUCAGGCUGAGAUGCAAUCUGUCCAAACUCUGUCUGAUGGGUUAAUGUGGUUUGAAGGAUAUUGGUUCCCACUGAACGUGACUGAAUGUUCUCGCUUUGUUCUUCUGUCUCUCUUGAUUGUAAUUGUUCUUUUCUUCUUGCAUUCCAGCAUUUAAAAAAGUAUAAAAAAUAAACAACGUAUCUAAGAAAUAUAUAUUAAUUUUGUAUUUUGUGGUGAGAAAUAAAACAGUUUUGUGAAGUGAUGCAGCAGCA